AUGCCCGAAGGCCCUCGGACGGAUCCCCAGCUCCUGGAGCUCGCUGGAUCUGUGUCACGGGCCCGCUUUGCCAGUCCUCCGGCGGACGACGCCCGCGCACCAGGCUCCGUCGUCGGAAUUCAGCGUCCGCGCACGCACUCGGCCAUUCACAGCUCCAUUUGCAACGCUCGGGUUACGCCCUCCGCUUCCCUCGCUAGGCCUGCGGACGGGUAG